UAGUCUUAAAAAACCAAAACAAAUAAUCCAUUUUUUUCUCAGCCAGGUGAGAGAGAUACAUCGAAGAUCAGAGAGCUAGGACUUGAUCUCCGAUUCGAACAUCUUAGCCUGGCUGAUACAAUCUCCGGUGAUUAAUCUUCGUUCUCCACCGUACGUCGUAGAUAGGAUCGGCGGUGGCUUUUCAAGAUGCCGUCGAACGGAGAUCUGGACCGUCAGAUCGAGCAACUGAUGGAGUGUAAACCGUUAUCAGAGGCGGAUGUGAGGACGCUUUGCGAUCAAGCGAGAGCGAUCCUUGUCGAGGAAUAUAAUGUUCAGCCGGUGAAGUGUCCUGUUACCGUUUGCGGCGAUAUUCACGGCCAGUUUUAUGACCUUAUUGAGCUCUUUCGAAUCGGUGGCAACGCUCCUGAUACUAACUACCUCUUCAUGGGAGACUAUGUAGACCGUGGAUACUAUUCAGUAGAGACAGUUUCUCUAUUGGUGGCACUGAAAGUGCGAUACAGGGAUAGAAUUACAAUCUUACGAGGGAAUCACGAGAGUCGUCAGAUUACUCAAGUCUAUGGUUUUUAUGACGAAUGCUUGAGGAAGUACGGAAAUGCAAAUGUCUGGAAGUAUUUUACAGAUCUUUUCGAUUAUCUUCCUCUUACCGCCCUCAUAGAGAGUCAGGUUUUCUGUUUGCAUGGAGGGCUUUCACCUUCUCUGGAUACUCUUGAUAAUAUCCGAAGCUUGGAUCGGAUACAGGAGGUUCCACACGAAGGACCUAUGUGUGAUUUAUUAUGGUCUGAUCCCGAUGAUCGAUGUGGAUGGGGAAUAUCUCCACGAGGUGCUGGUUAUACAUUUGGACAGGAUAUCGCAGCUCAAUUUAAUCACAACAAUGGACUCAGUCUCAUUUCAAGAGCGCAUCAACUAGUCAUGGAAGGUUUUAACUGGUGUCAGGAUAAGAAUGUGGUGACUGUGUUUAGUGCACCAAACUAUUGCUACCGAUGUGGAAACAUGGCAGCGAUUCUAGAGAUAGGAGAGAACAUGGAGCAAAACUUCCUCCAGUUCGAUCCAGCUCCUCGACAAGUUGAACCUGAUACUACCCGUAAGACCCCUGAUUAUUUUUUGUGAUUUCUCUGUUUUUUCUGGUCCCGACCAUAUAUAAUUUUUUGAAGUUCCAGUUUUAUUGCUUAUGUAUCAUUGUAGAUGUGCCCUUUUCUUUUCUUUUUUCUUAGUGGAGUUCGAAUUUCCCCUAGAAAAAAAGAAACACAUCAUUUUUUGUUGUUGUUGAGAUGAUUGCUAUAAAAAAGUUUGUAGGAGAGGCUUCUAUAUCUAUAAAAUAGAGCGACUGUC